ACUGCCCACGUCCCUUUCCCUGCUCGCUCGACCAUAGGGCGCCUUACGACCUACCAAAACCAUAGCAUCAUCUCAUCGCCAACGAAACAUCAUGGUUCUCACUCGCCGAGAAUAUAUGGCGGCGCUGCUCGCCCGCGACGAUAGCGUUAAUUGCGGUUCUGGCGGCGGAGACACUGGUAGCACCGGCCUCCGCAUCGCGUCCGUCUUCAUCGUCAUGAUCGGUUCGAUGUUUGGUGCUUUCUUCCCGGUUCUUUCCCGUCGCUCAAGGUGGCUGGCUCCUCGUGUGCCCAAGGGCGUUUUCGAGUUUGCCAAAUACUUCGGUAGCGGUGUUAUCAUCGCUACGGCAUUCAUCCACCUCCUCGACCCUGCUCUCGAUGAGCUUGGUUCGCCGUGUCUCAACCCUGCAUGGGGCGUCUACCCCUAUGCACUGGCCAUCGCAAUGCUCAGUAUCUUCAUGAUAUUCAUUGUCGAGCUGGUCGCCUUCCGCUGGGGUACCGCCAAGCUCGCUUCCAUUGGUAUCUCGCACGAUCCGCACGGCCAUGAUCUUGGUUCGCAUGCUGCCCAUGGUCCAGAGCCUGAGACGCAACGCCGCGACCGCAAUGUUCCCGGCGACGAAAUUGAUGCCUUGAAUGUCCCUUCUGAGAAAGAUGGCCUCUCUGAGAAGAGUCCCCGCGAGCAUGAUGCCGAGCUGGCUGUGCUCACCAGCCAGCCGAGCAGCGUCGUUGACUCUCCACUGACGCAAAUCAUAGGUGUUGCCAUCCUCGAGUUCGGUGUCUUACUGCACAGUGUGCUCAUCGGGCUGACGCUUGCCGUCACGGACGAGUUCAUCACCCUGUUCGUCGUCAUUAUCUUCCAUCAAACAUUUGAGGGACUUGGAGUUGGCUCCCGGCUUGCAUACAUGGAAUUGCCCCAGAAGUACAUGUUCGUUCCCCUCAUCGGCGCGUUUCUCUACGGUAUCACCACUCCUCUGGGCAUUGCGAUCGGUCUGGGAGUCCGCACGACGUACAACCCGGACAGUACAACCGCGAGUAUCGUCAGCGGAAUUCUCGACGCUUUCAGCGCUGGCAUCUUGAUCUACACCGGUCUUGUCGAGCUUCUCGCCCAUGAGUUCCUCUUCAACAAAGACAUGAUGGCCGCGUCAAACCGGAAGCUAGCAUACGCCCUCGUCUGCAUGCUGUCUGGUUGCGGCAUCAUGGCUUUACUCGGCCGGUGGGCUUGAGCAUCCCAUCUUCAGAAGCGCAUUAGUAUCGAGUUAGUGUACUGUAUGCCGUUCCUUCCGUAGAGUUAACAGCUGGGUCGAUGGAAAAUUCAGCACGCUUUUUAUGGUGUAUAUUAUCGGCCUUUGCUACGUCUAGGUCUUAGCAUCGUGCUCACGAAUAGCAUGACUU